GCUGCCAGCAGGAGAUUCCUUUGUAACAAUUCAGCUUCGCCUGAAUCUUUCUUGUUCCUGGCCGCAGUCCCAUGUGUGUAAACAGGGAAGGGGCUGUAACCAACACCCCAAAGAAAUAUCACAUCAUACACAAAGCUAACGUCCCAAAUAAAUCUACGUUUUACCGAGAAAGUCAUUUCAGGCUGUAUAGGGCUUCAAUAAAGGACUUAAAUUUUUGAUGUAAACCCAAGGAUGUUUUGACUUGCCUGGACACUGCCUUAUCCCAACGCCAUGUAUAACAUGCUCCCAGCAUGCUUGCUUUUAUGGCUUUAUCUUUUAGUGGAGCUCAAUCUGUGUGAAGCUGUUCUUCAGAGACCACAAAUCUUCUUUUCAGCCAGUUAUGCCACAUACCUUACUGGAGAAGCUGUGUUUCUAGAGUGUCAAGCCGCAACUGACUUCACAAUACAUGGAUAUAAAUUCUUCAAAAAUAAUCAAGAAGUUCAAAGAAUGGAAGCACCUUCUCUGAACAAGUAUAAGAUAAGAGCAGCAAAAGGAAAUGAUGCUGGAUCCUAUACCUGUCUCUACUGGCUGUCAGAUAGCAGAGGAAAGCAAGAAUCAGAAUUCAGCUUCCCUGUGUCUUUGUCUAUAAUAGAUCAGCCAUCUACACCUUCUCUGUUGGUCAAGCCUCAACAAGCCCUGUACUUUGAAGGAGAAGCUGUGACAUUGGAUUGUGAACAUCCAAGCAUAAAUUCCCAGAUUACCUACUAUUUUUACAAAGAUACAAACAGACUAAGCAGUUACUUUCACACAUCAAAGUCUGAACACCACAUUUCCAGCUUGACUACCAAGGAUUCUGGUAAUUAUGACUGCGAAUACUUGGUGUUAGGACACCAGAGGACAAUCCCAUCUGGCAAAAGCACUCAACAAACUAUUACUGUCACCGCUUUAUCUAGUUCUCCAUUGUUGAAGUUCCAGCCCUCCUACGCAACAUUUAUAAAUGGAGAAAACCUAACCAUGGAAUGUGAAGCUCCUUCACCAGUUUAUGUUACUCUGUAUCGCUUCUACAAGGAGGGAGAGGAAUUGAAAGGGCCGUCAUCACACAGAGGAAUCUACACAUUGCAGAACAUCACGAAAGAAGAUCAAGCCGAGUAUACUUGUAUGUACUGGAGCCCAAAGAGCAACAGAGAGAUCCCAUCCACUCAGAGUCCUACAAAAGAGCUUUAUGUAAUAGAUCCUUUACGCCCCCCAUUGUUCUUUGUAGAUCCUCCUAGUGGUAGGAUCUGGGAUGGAGGCAAUGUAACAUUAUACUGUACAGCCCCUGAGGAGUAUGAAAGAACUAAAUUCCACUUUUUCAAUGAUAAAGAUGAAAUAAUAACUGUACCCACUUACAAAAAGAGACCAGCAGCAGUAACCAUCAACAUGAGGAAAAGUAAUGGCACUUCAGCUAUCAAGUACUUCUGCCAAUACACAGCAGAGAUAAAGGGACGCUCAUUGCUGUCACCAAAGAGUCCUCAAAUUGAGAUUAUUGUGGUAUCAAAAGGAUCUUUGUUAUGGCUGAUAGCCUUUGGAGUUGGUGCUGGGAUAGCCGUAUUGCUUGUAAUUAUUGGUUUAAUCUAUUGGGUUCUGUUGGCCAAGAAAGAUACAAAAAAAUAUACUGUGGAGUCAAAACCAGUUCAUAAUAGUGGAUGCAAAGUCACCUCACUAUAACCUUCUAGAAGAAUGAAAAUGGCAUAAACACUACGACAGCUAUCUAUUUAAUUACACAGGGUGGUUCACACCUUGGUUUACCAAUAUGCGUUGGUGCAUAACUGCUGUGAAUUUGGGUUCAUGCAUCAAGGAACUUCUUGGACUUGACCAUAUAUGAAACCCUUUCUACCUCUGAUGAGAAGCAAAGAGCUGAAGUUUUGCUACUGUACUUUUAAGAAAAUAUGGACAAUCAACCUGAUAUGGCCACUUAAAUCCAUAAAAAGGCAAUGUUUCUGCAAUGCUAUUAUACUGUAGCAGUGUGUUUGAUACAGAACAUGAUUUUUUCAUUGGGUUCUGACUAGGGAUGAGGGAAUUUGUGUUUUUAAGUUCAGUGUACAAAGUUCCAGUUCGGGUUAUGAGAGAAUUAUGGUCCGUGGCAACUGAAUUCUUAGAUAACUGGAACCUUGUAUGCCAAACUUGAAAACACAAGUUUGCUCAACACUAGUUCUGACACAAUAAUGAUAUCCAACCUCUAAGGGCAUGCUAAGGUUCAACAAUCUAUAAUCCAGAUUCAUUUCUGUUUAUUGUUUCCUUUUUGUUAUUUCUUAAAAGAGUUAUCUAGGAAUCAGACAGACCUCCCAGAAUGGCCAACCCACAGUACUUACCUGGUUCACAACUCUGGGUUCGAUGUCAAACACUCCUGGGCCAACUCUUCCUCUCCAUGCUGUGCUUAAAAAAUCAACUUCCAUUGAUGCUGGGAACCCAUGGCCGCAGCAGCUAAUCUAAGGCUGCAGCGGUGACCUGCUCACCUUGUGUCUCACGUGACCAGUAGCGCAGUAGUCAUGUGUGUCCCCUGUCAACAGAUGUUUAUCUCAGUGCAGCAAGGAAAAGGAAGAACGGGCCCAGGAUUAUUAGCCAUCGAACUCAGGUCUGUCUAAACUUGGAUAACCCCUUUAAAUAACCUUUCAGUUUUUACAGUGGAUAUAAAAUGUCUACAUACCCCUGUUAAAAUGUUAGAUUUCUGUGCUGUA